GUGAGAGGGUGCUCUAGUUUUCUUUUGCCAUUUCGUAGAAAUCAGUACAGCCAUUUUCCAUCCUGACGGGGCGGCGGUGUGUUAAAAAACGCUGUGCUUUAUCCCACUGCCCCCACCCAUUUCCAUAUAUUCCGUUCUUGCUGCUCACCUUUGCUCCCGGUUAGUUACGCAACCGUUCAUUAAUGGCUGCAGCAGGGUUUCACGGUGUCCGUUGUUGUGACGCGCGCUUCGCGAGGCUGGAUAAAUACUGUUACAGGUGGAGCUCGAAACUUUCUGCCGCGGUCCGGCAGCUCGCGCUGUAACACUCCCCCUCGUGAGACAUUCCGAGAGAGAUAAAGAGAAGAGCCGGAGCCACGGCGAACAGAGACCUGUUACUGAACUGCGUUUUCCAUGGGAAGGCGAGGAGCUGCGUGCCAAGCGCGCGCCCCUAUGGCACCUUACAACAGAGCCUCAAAUCUAUGAUCCAUGACUUGGUUUGUUUUAAUAUAUAGGCUGUUUCAUUUAACCUCUUCCUCUUACGCGGAAUAUUGGGUCUAUUUUGUUGUGAACACUAGCCAUUUUUGUCUCCGGAGACAGCUGUAGUUUCGUGGACGCAUUUUUUUUACGCAUUCGCAAAAAGUUUUUUUUUUUAAAUUCAAUUUCAAAACUUUACAAACGUAACUGUUAUUCAGCGAGAACCAAUAAAGCAAGGCUUCAUAUAUAUGUAAAAAUAUUAAAUGGUCUGGAAACCCUUGUUGAUCACUCAGAGAAAAAGAUGUGGGGACUGCCGAAGCCGCGGUAUCGAAAUUGCAACGCCUCGGAUUCUAGCGAGGAGACCGAGCUUUUCGUGAACAUCGGAGGAGUGAGGCAAGUGCUACACGGGGAUAUUUUAAACCGCUAUCCGGAGACCAGGCUGGCGGAGCUGGUUAACUGCGCCUCCCGGAAUUUCGAUACAAUUUCCUCCCUUUGUGACGACUACGACCCCGGUAAAGGCGAGUUUUAUUUUGACAGGGACCCGGACGCUUUUAAAUGCAUUAUUGAAGUUUACUACUUUGGUGAAAUCCACAUGAAACGGGGCAUUUGUCCCAUUUGCUUCAUCAAGGAGAUGGAAUUCUGGAAAAUCGACAUUAGUUUCCUGGACGAAUGUUGUAAGAGUAACCUGACCGAGAAGGAGGAAGAGCUGGCCGAGAUAGCAAACAAGGUAAAGCUUAUUCUUGAGGAUAUGGAGGGGGAGCCGUCGGCCAACCGUUGGGAGAGGUGUCAGAAGUUCCUGUGGAAGCUGAUGGAGAAGCCGGAGUCAUCCUUACCCGCGCGCACAAUCGCCAUCGUCUCCUUUUUCUUCAUCCUGAUCUCGUCCGUGGUGAUGUGCAUGGGAACGAUCCCCGAACUGCAGGUGGAGGACGCCGAAGGAAACCAGGUGGAGCACCCGACGCUGGACGCCAUCGAGACCGCCUGCAUCGGCUGGUUCACCGUGGAGUACCUGCUGCGCCUGGCCUCCGCCCCGAACAAAGUGCACUUCGCCCUGUCCUUCAUGAACAUCGUUGACUUUUUGGCAAUCAUGCCUUUUUACGUGGUGCUAGUGCUAACGUACCUGGGGACGGCCGUGAUGGAGCUGGCCAACGUUCAGCAGGCGGUGCAGGCGCUGCGCAUCAUGCGCAUUGCUCGCAUCUUCAAGCUGGCGCGACACUCCUCCGGGCUGCAGACUCUCACGUAUGCGCUCAAGAGGAGCUUCAAGGAGCUGGGCCUAUUGCUCAUGUACAUGGGCGUGGGGAUCUUUGUGUUCUCGGCACUGGCCUACACCAUGGAACAGAGCCACCCCGAAACUCUGUUCAAGAGCAUCCCACAAUCUUUCUGGUGGGCUAUCAUCACCAUGACAACAGUAGGGUAUGGGGACAUCUACCCCAAGACCACGCUAGGCCGAUGCAAUGCCGCUAUUAGCUUUCUAUGCGGGGUCAUCGCCAUUGCCCUACCAAUCCACCCCAUCAUCAACAACUUCGUCAUCUACUACAAUAAGCAAAAGGUGUUGGAGACCGCGGCAAAACACGAGCUGGAGCUGAUGGAACUGCAGUCCAGCGAAGGUGGUGCGAGGAAAGCGGCUCGGAAGUCCGACAGCACCGCACGCGCCUCCCUCAGCGAUACCAACAUCUCGUUCCUGGCAGAGGCGCACAGAACGCGGCAGCAGAGUUGCAAAUAAGUGGAGGGAAAAGCAGUUACUUCUGAAUGACUUCACGUCGCUAACAUCGCUAUCGCUAACUGGCGUGGGAUCAAAGACAUUCAAUUCAUUCCGUUCAAAAUCCAUUCAGGCAUAGCUAGUUGCAUUCUUACAUUUGUUUGACAGUCCGCUCAAGUAAAGAUCAAUAAAAUGACCGUGGAGAUAUGAUACUUAUAUUUUAUUUUCGCCAGGCAGCAGGUCUUCUAUCUCACGUGUGACAAUUGUUUCCUGUUGAGGUGUUUUCUUGACCAUUGUUCAAUAAAGUGCUUGCAUGAUAACGAA